UUAAUGACCCCCAUCUAUUCAGAAACCAUUUGCUCACCCUAAACUUUGACACACUUUCGGUGUCAUUUUUGUCUUUUGACAUUUCUAGGUAUCUGUGUGUAAAAGAGCUUUCCUAAAAUGUGCCGGUGUCUGUGAGCCUCGCAUCCUGUCCCACUCUCACUGCCAGCUUUAGCUCAGCAUCCAUAUUUUUCGCAUCCGUGUGGGAGCGAGAGAGAGAGAGCGAGCGAGAGAGAGAGAGAGAGCAAAGGGAGUGGCAGACGCUGACAAAUCUCAUGCCGGGGAGCCGACAGAGCCAUCCCUACACAGACUGUCUGAAGUUCACCGGAGCCGACUUCUUGAUAAUUCACUGGAUUUGGACUUCAUAAGUCCCGCAGGUAGAAUGGAGAGGGAUAUCCGCCAUCAUCACAUCUAGUGCCUCGAGAAAAACCCUUAAUAAGCUGCAAACCUGAAGUUUCUCCAGUGGACAUAAUGAACAUGCUGAAGUCCAGUGGCUUGAAGAUCCCUGGCAGGGGUCCUAAACACUCCAGUCCAGUGGGACGAACAACUGCUGGCCCAUCAACCAGUCCUGCGGCUCAAAAAGACAGCUGCUGCCCUUACAAGCAGACGACUCCCACCCCCAGCAGCAACGCCUCAGACAAGUCCAGCUCCAAAGCCUCCGAGGUGGGUGAUGAGGUGGCCGGGGACUUUGUGGUUGGUGAACGUGUCUGGGUGAACGGAGUCAAACCAGGAGUCAUCGCCUAUCUUGGAGAGACCCAGUUUUCCCCAGGACAGUGGGCUGGAGUGGUGCUGAAUGACCUGGUUGGAAAAAAUGAUGGCUCUGUCAAUGGAGUGCGUUACUUUGAGUGCCAGCCUUUGCAGGGCAUCUUCACCAGGCCUUCCAAGCUCACGCGACAACCCAUCGGAGACGGGAGCGAUGAGCAGCAGCAGAACGCACAGCUGCAGGGUGGUGCGGGAGCAUCUGGUCAGCGUGUGGUCAUGCCACUCAGAGAAGGCAUGCUCAACAGCUCCGUCAAAACCGGCAAUGAGUCUGGAUCCAACAUGUCUGACAGCGGAUCUGUGAAGAAAGGGGGAGAGAAGGACCUUAAGGUCGGAGAUCGAGUGCUGGUUGGCGGCACUAAAACAGGAGUAGUGCGUUAUGUGGGAGAAACUGACUUUGCCAAGGGCGAGUGGUGUGGAGUUGAGCUGGACGAGCCGUUAGGGAAAAACGAUGGAGCUGUAGCUGGAACCAGAUAUUUCCAGUGCCCUCAUAAAUUUGGCCUCUUUGCUCCAAUCCACAAGGUGAUCCGCAUUGGCUUCCCAUCCACCAGUCCAGCUAAAGCUAAGAAGAGCAAGCGUAUGGCGAUGGGUGUGUCAUCUCUGGCUCACAGUCCUUCCAGCUCCUCCAUCAGCUCUGUCAGCUCUGUGGCCUCCAGUGUGGGGGGGCGACCCAGUCGCACUGGCCUGUUGACAGAGACGUCCUCGAGGUACGCGCGGAAGAUCUCGGGGACCACGGCUCUGCAGGAAGCCCUGAAGGAGAAACAGCAGCACAUAGAGCAGCUCCUGGCUGAGAGAGACCUAGAGCGGGCUGAGGUCGCCAAAGCAACCAGCCGUAUCUGCGAGGUGGAAAAAGAGCUGACGGCAAUGAAUGCCCGACAUCUGCAGUAUGCAACAGAGGCAGAGAGCAACCUACAGCAAGUCCGAGCCCUGCUGGCAAGCACACAGAAAGACAAGAUGGAACUGGCCAAUCAGCUUGACGAAGAGAGAAGGAAAGUGGAAGAUCUUCAGUUCAGAGUUGAGGAAGAGUCCAUUACCAAAGGAGACCUGGAGACUCAGACCAAACUGGAGCAUGCCCGUAUUCGGCAGCUCGAGCAGUAUCUGCAUUUGGAAAAGUCCAAAGCAGAGCGGCUUCAGAAAGAGUUAGAGGAGAAGAUGCAAACCACAGUUGAGGAGAAGAGUCGUGUUAUGCAGCUGGAAGAAGAAUUGGCAUUGCGCAAGGCUGAGGUCGAGCAGCUCCAGGCUCGGUUUCAGAGAGGUUCCUUCGGUCCAGUCACAGGCGCCGGAGACAGCAGACCAGGCAUAAACUCGGAGACUCUGGUUUUGCGGGAACAGCUUCUCUCAGCUGGCCGUGAACGCCGUGAAGAGAGCAGCCUGUUGCGGGAGAGGUAUGAAGCAUCCUUGAGCAGCAGCCAGAAAGAAGUUGAACACCUUAAAGCCACAAAAGAACGUCAGGGCCAAGAGAUCUCCGACCUGAAGCAGAGACUUCAGCAGGCCACCCGUGAAAACAUGGAGAUGAUGGACAGCUGGAAAGUCAAACUUGACGCUUUGUUUGGAGACCAUCACCGUGCUCUAGAGGAACUGAAAGCCUCGCUAACAGGAGAUCGCGGGUCCAGUGAGAACUGCGGAGGAGACGGUGAAGGAACCACACCUGAGAUGAGAGCAGCUCUGGAGAGCUUGAAGAUGGAGCAGCAGCUGGAGUUGGAGAACCUGAAAGCCAAACAUGAGAUCGAUGCUGCCGUAAUGGCCAAAGAGCGCGAAGAUCUGCGCGCUCGACUUCAGGAAUUACGGGAUCAGCUAGAGGAGAAUGAAGAGAACUGGAAGAUCCAGGUGGAAGUCAAGUGUAGCCAGCAUACUCUGGAGCUCAAAGAGGUUUUAGAGAAGCUUCAAAAGGCUGAGUUGAGGAUCAGCGAGUUGGACAAGUCCCAUCAAGAGCAUGAGAAGGCCACCCAGUUUCUCAAAGAGCAGCUGGAGCUGGCUGAGAAGAAGAUGGUAGAUUAUGAGGCCCUGCAGAAGGCCGAAGCUCAGAGCCGAGCGGAGAUCCUCUCACUGCAAGAGAAGCUGAGAGUCAGUGAGAACCGACUGCAAGCUGUAGAGGCAGAUCACACCACCCAGGAUGUUAAUAUGAUCGAAAAUAAUGACAACUCUGAAGAGAAGAUGAAACUAAAACAGAAUAUGGAAGAAACUCUGGAGAAACUCACAAAAAGGGAAAAAGAAGUAUCCACUCUAACAACCCAAGUAGAUGCCCUGAAGACCCAAAUAACUGCCUUGGAGGAAAAGGUUUGUUUGGGAGAGAAGGCGGCAGAUGGACUCGUUAAGGAAAAGACACGCUUGGAGGCGGAGCUGGAGUCCAUGACCAAGAAAUCCCAUGAUGCAUCAGGCCAGCUUGUGAUUAUUAGCCAGGAGCUUCUGAAGAAAGAGAGGAGCCUGAAUGAGCUUCGGGUGUUACUGCUGGAAUCUCCACGUCACUCUGCGGGAGUGGAGCGGGACCUCGGCCGUGAAGUCCACAGAGCCGAGUGGAGGAUGAAGGAACAGAAACUACAGGACGACAUCAAAAGUCUGCGAGAGAAACUUUUGAUGCUGGGUCAAGAGAGGUCAUCUACAGACCACCGUCGCUACUCGAUGAUGGACCCAUCUGCUUCAGACACAGAGGUGGCCCGUCUGCGUCAAAGGCUGCUGAGCACAGAAGAUGCCCUGAGGAACGCUCUGGAACACAACCAACACGUGGACCAGCUAGUGCAGGCCAUGUGCACCCGACCGGACAAGAACCAGGCACAUGCUAGUGCAAAUUCUGCUAAUGGAAUCCAUCAAGAAGACCCUUCCUUCACAAAAGAGGAAGAACACUGAUGAGGGCUUAAACGGUUCUCAGGUGUUUAGGGAGGGAAGAGUGGACGUGCAUUGGGAAAGAAGAAGCCUAUUUGACGCCUAGACCUUUGGACUAAUGCUUCACUGGACAUCUUAUUUUCUGUUCACAGUUAACACCAAAACUAUGACUUUAUAGAUGAACAAACAGAGACCACAAAUGGAAGAUGAUCUCAAAUGAUCCGAAAUGCUAUAAAACGACAUAACGGAAGUGGUUUUUAAGGUCAGUGGUACAACACGGACAAAGCGAGCCUGUAGACUACCUCCGAGACUUAAAAAAACGAGAGAAUGUUGGUCAGGAUGCUCGCAGUUGGCUGUAAACCGUUUGCAGUUUCGAAAACACCUUUGGCCUCGAUUUAUACCUUUUAAUUUAUUUGCCAUCUAUGCGUUUUAAAAACGGUGCAUUCAAAGAGAGAAACUGGCCAACUUCCAGCAUAAGGUUUGAAGGUCUGGUCACUAGAUACUGUAGCAAACAAGUAAAUAAACCAGACGGGCUCCCUUAUUCCAUUCCUGCUCAGUUUGGUGUUGAUUUUCUUCAGAGACGUGCUUUUUAAGGUAUGAAUCAUACAAUAUUCCACAACCAUGUUCAACAGAAUUAGCACGGUCAAGCUUCAAGAAGCAGUAUUGCAAAUUCAGUCAAUAUCAGUGCAUACUUUUGUGAUAUUAUAAAGUAUUAGCAGACAAUGUCAGCUCCCAUCCUGUAGUUAAUUUAAAUGAAAAACGAACCAACAGCUUUUGUUUCCUUUGGAAUCAUUCGCUGAAUCAUUUCAUUCUUUUCAUUCAGAUUGGAGAAUCUUUUCUUGACACUCUUAAGAGGAGGUACUACAUGCGCAAACGAUAGCUGAAUUGAACAAUUUAAACUCUAUGAACUAUUUUUCAAUGCAAUGAUAUUUGCCCAAAUGAUAUAUCUUUUGUUGGUUUUGAUUGCUUCUAUUGCCCUCAUUUAGAAGUCGCUUUGGAUGAAAGCAUCUACUAAAUGUAAUGUAAAUGUAGCUGGAUUUUCAUUUCCCUUUUUAAUUUUAUCUUUACAAAAGCACAAACAAACAUUAAUUUACAUGCACAUAUCAUUUUAUUUAAUAUUUAAGUACAAUAAGUAAAGAACCUUUUUAAAGUAAAAAAAAAAGAAAAAAAAAGCAUUUGUUUUUGUUCAUACCCAAGUAAGUAUUUUGAUACAAGGAAAGGAUCGACUGUAGUACUUCGCCUUAAAAGAUCAAGAAAGACUGGUUCGCAUUUUCACUCUGAUCAGAUUGCUCUGUCCAUACACACCUCUGUAGUAAUAAAUCUGAUGUUAAAACCGAAACAGUACAAAACAUAACUGCAAUCCCGUAAAUCAGUGUCUCAAUGGUAUUCCAGAAUUGGUUCUCUCCUUUGAAAAACUAUGUGGAUGAACUCCUGUGCAAUUAGGUUCAUUAGACAACUUUAUACUGAUGUGAUUGUCAUUAAAACCAAGAAAGCAUUUUCUUUUUCAAAAAUAAUAGGGAAAAUGAUAGGGCUGGCCCCAAGUUUUGCAGUUGAAAUUGCUUUAGAUUGCAGUUGGAUUCGAUAAAAAUGCCUUUUAUCUGUUGGGAAACAGUUCACUCACCACUUGCUGUAAUGGUUCCCAAGAAUCAGUAAUUAAACAUUAACAAAAGAGA